CCGAUCCGAAGCCAUCGGUCAGUUUUCUAAAAUGAUUCGUCUUGGAAGUUGUAUGGUAGUUGGUUGUAUUUGUUGGUUUGUUAAUGUGAUUUGUUUACGAUCUGUCAUUUAGCUCAGUCCUUGAUAUAACACUUUUCUUAUGAUCUAUAUUAAAUCAAAUAAGUUCUGUAGCCUAAUAAAGAGAUUUGUGUGUGUGUAAUUUCUACUUUAAAUACAACAUGUUCGAUUGAAAGUUGAAAAAGUAAUCAGUAGGUUAGGUGUUAGAUUUACUUGUGACUCAGGUGCCUACCAUGGAUAUGCCAAAACCACCUCAAGAUAUUGAGCUAAGAAAUAUAAUUGACAAACUGGCAAAGUUUGUCGCAAGAAAUGGACCAGACUUUGAACAGAUGACAAAAAAUAAACAAAAAGGAAAUGCAAAGUUUAGCUUUCUUUUUGGAGGUGAACACUUUAAUUAUUAUCAGUACAAAGUCACUACGGAACAAGCAAUAUUGAAGCAGAAAACUGUAAAUUCAAAUGUGGGUACCGGUCCUCAGUCAUUAAAUCUGAUGCUCUCGAGCCCUGGCCAACCUGCACUUACCAUAGGAGGAAAAGAGUCAGUUAAAUAUUCAAAUUCAGUCUCAAUCAAUCCUUCAUCCAUUCCACUGCCAAGUGAUCAUGACCCAUUUACCUCCAAUCCUGCCUACCAGCUAUAUUACGCAUUUGCAAAAAGCGUGUUAAAUAAAGUUGGUUUAUCGUCCUUGGCUGCCAUGUCCAACUUAUCAGGUACAUCUUAUAUUAUCCUGGAUGAGAAAGAACAUUGCACAGGUCAGUCGCUAGUACAGUGGUUAGCUGCAGCUCAGCAAUCCCAGCAAGCUCAUGCUCAGUCAUCUCCCAGCGUGACCACCACCGAGUCUCUGACGGCCCAGCAGGCGAUGCUGCAUGAACAGAUCCUGGAGAGUGAGCAGAACCUCAAUGCCCAGCACACUGUUUUGAUGCAACAACAACAAGCUGCUAUUGAUGAAACGAUAGCAAAAACGCAGAAAGAAAACAUGAAUGCUGAAGCAGCAGAAUGUCACCUGAACUUUGCGGAGCUGGAUGCAGUGUUACAGCCUAUAAUAGAUUCUUGCACUAAAGACUCGAUAUCAUCUGGAAAGGCAUGGAUAUUGCAAAGGGCAACUCAUAAGAAAGUCGACAAUCUCAUUGCUUCAUACCUUUUAUCCAAAGUUUUAGAAGAAAGGAGGACAUUUAAUCACAAACUGCACAUCAUCUAUCUAGUCAAUGACAUAUUACAUCAUUGUGCAAGGAAGAACAGUGGUGAGGAACUGAAGAAAUCAUUGGAAGGAGUUGUUGUUCCGAUGUUUUGUAACGCAGCGUCAAUGAAUGCAACAGAAGAACAAAAAGCCAAACUAAACAAGCUCUUGAACCUGUGGGAGACAAAACACCACUACUGCUCGGCUGAGACUGUAGCCAAGCUGAAGCAACCGCUGGAGUCGUGGCAGGAGUACCAAGCUGGCCUUGUCUCAAGCCAUAGCGACGUGCUACAGUCCCUUACUGCCACCACCAAGACCACCUUCCAGAACUACCAAAGUCAACACCAGGCCUUCGUCACACACGCACUGCAGCAGAUACAGAGUUUAGAACAACAGAAGCAGACGCUGGAGAGCCAGAAUCAGGUGGCGGCAGCAAUGGUCACAACAGCUCCUCUACCCUCCUCUACACCUCCUGUCCCCCUGGAGGUAGGUAGUGGAGGUUCUCAGGCGGCGGACCACCAGCUGCUCCACCAGACCCAACAGUUGAUGCAGCAGACUCAGCAGGCACAGCCGCAUUUGUUACCUCAACAGCAGAGUCAGCAGCAACUGCUACAGCUGCAGCAGCAGGCCCUCAGCCAAAUGAAUGCUGAGCAGCAGCAGAUCAUGGCUCCUUCCAAUCAUAUUCAAGCACCUGAUCACGUGAUGCCUCCUGGCUACAAUGCAGGAGAUUCACAGUCUGGGAUGACCCAAGAUGGGAUGCAGCCUUUCCCACCCCCACCUCCAGAUAUGGGUGUCCAGUUUACUCAACCACCUCCUGGCUUUUUGCCUUCAUUCCCACCCCCUGCAACUGGUAUAGAACUGCCUGACCUGUCGAGACCUCCUCCUGGGUUUCAUUUGCCACCUCCACCUCCGCUGAUGCAACCUGAAGUGAUGCCAGACGACUUGUUACCAUCUCUCCCCUACUACGAUCUCCCGGCUGGUCUCAUGGUUCCUCUUAUAAAAUUAGAAGACUGCAACUACAAAGCCCUAGAUCCAGAUUCUAUAAGACUGCCACCCCCGGCUCCUCCCAGUGAACGCUUGUUGGCAGCUGUCAAGGCUUAUUAUGCUCCUCCAGGUCACGAUCACCCUAGAGACAGCGAUGGCUGGGAGAAGCUUGGUCUUUAUGAAUAUUAUCGUGCUAAGAAUUCUGCCAAGAAAAGGAAAGAGGACGAUAUAGCUGCAGGUAUUAGAGAGAGAUCGAGGUCACCAUCUCCCAUUACGAGGCCAAGAUCACGAAGUAGAACACCUCCCACAAAGAAAAGAUAUCGCAGCCGAAGCCGAUCAAAGUCUAGAGGGAGAGAGUCCAGAAGUCCGUCGAGGCGCACCAACAACAGAAACAGUGUUGCCAGGAGAAAAUCCGGGCGGAGGGAUAGGUCUAGAUCCAGAUCGAGGUCUCGAUCUCGAACUCCACCUCCUCCCACUACUCCUAGCAACAAGGAUCGCAGCCCCACCCCACCCCCUGCGUCAUUCUUACAGCCCUACAUGAAGCCAGUAACAGAGAAGAUAGAUGAAAGCAACAAAGGACAUCAAAUGCUCCGCAAAAUGGGUUGGGGAGGGGCCGGCCUCGGAGCUAAGGAGCAGGGAAUUGAGCAACCAAUUUCAGGAGGCGAGAUUCGAGAUCGCGUAGAUCAAUACAAAGGAGUAGGGAUAAAUUUGAAUGAUCCUUAUGAGAACUUUAGAAAAAGUAAAGGGCAAGCAUUUAUCACAAGGAUGAAGGCGAGAGCUGAAGAAAGAUCGGAUAGAUAAUUGAAGGGAAUAUAAAUGUAAGAUAGUUUGUACUUU